GUCGAGGAGCAGCGUAUUAGCAACAUGAUGGCGGCGUCCACACGAGCACAGGUGCUUUCUCUGUAUAAGAUGAUGUUGAUAGAGAGCAAGAAGUUCCCCUCGUACAACUACAGGACCUAUGCACUGCGGCGGGUGCGUGAUGCCUUCAGGGCCAACAAGAAAGUGGAGGAUCCAAAAACUGUGGAGAGACUGAUGCUGGAGGGACAGCAGACACUGGCACUGAUACAGAGACAGGUCUCCAUAGGGAAGAUGUUUGAGACCCAGAGGAUUGUGGUGGAGAAUAAACCUUCUGCUUGAGAUGAAAAGGUGGAGGUGGAAGGAGCACUGUCCCAGCAAACAACAGGAAGUGACAUCACAGCCUGGAGCGCAUCACUGCCAAGACAUCAUCAUCACCCCAAACAAACAUUCUGCUUCCUCUGCAACCCAAACACUGUUUCUUCUGAUGGGUGGAGGUGGAGGGGUGAAAAGCAUUGUGGAAGAUGUAGGCUCCCUGUAGGCUAGCUGUGAAGUACCUGAAGUUUGUUGGAGUUUAGACUCUUUUUUUUUUUUUUUUCAUGGAUGCACCGAUCUGUUCCUGAUCACCGAUUUUGAAUGCGUAUGAUUAAGUGAUCUUUGAUCAAUCACAGAUUGAUCACAGCUCAUUUCUGCCAAAGUAAUGAAAAAAAAAUGUAGCUGUAACUUUCUAAAAACAAUGACUUGAUAUAGGGCUGGGCAAUAUAUCAAUAUUAUAUCAAUAUGGUGUUAGGGGACUAGAUAUUAGAUUUUGGAUAAUGUAAUAUUCCAAGUGUUGUCUUUUCAUGGUUGUAAAGACUGCAUUGUAGUAAAGUAAAGUAAUUUUCUGAACACACCAGACUGUUCUAGCUGUUUCCCUACAUAGUCAUUUUAUCUACAUUACUGGUGAUUUAUCAAUAAUCAAAUUGUGUAAUUAUCUUGUGAAAACACUUGUAGUCCACCCCACAAUAUCGUCACAAUAUUGAUAUGGAGGUAUUUGGAUAUUCAGCUCUUCACAUUGCCCAGCCCUAAUUACUACUAUUCAGUACAGAUGGGAAUCACCAGAGGAUCCAGGAUACAAUAUUACCACAAUAAUGAAGUCACAAUACAAUAUUUAGGCAAUUUUAAACCAUUUGUGAUAUGCAAAGUAUUGCAAUAACAUAUAUUGCAAUUUAUUAUGGUUAUCCACCUGCAAAUUAUGUCCCCAAAUGAAAACUUUGUCAACUUCUGUUUUAUGUAAUUUGAUACAAAAUGUAUAUUAAGUUCAUCUCACCUCAGUCAUUUGUGUUGCAGCAAAAUGUAUCUAGUGGACUGAAGAAGAAAAAAACAUUUAAUUUGUGUUCGCAAUAUUAAUAAUGUAUAGAGACUAAAUUAAAAGAAAUCAAUACUGGGUGUCCGUGUAUCAAUGAAAUAUUGACACUCAAAAUAUCAUUAUAUGAUGCUGUAUCAUAUUUUUCCCUCACCCCUACUAACUAUAUUUUUUUUAUAUUAAGUCAUUAUUUUGUCAUACUAAGUCACUAUCUUGAGAAAGUUUUUCUUUAUUAUCAUAUUGGCAGAAAUGGGCUGCCAUACAAUCAGUGAUGUUUUGGCAGUUUUAUUUGAAAAAUGACUUAAAUAAUGAAUAGAUUAUCAGAUUUAGUGUUGUUGUUUGACCAAAGAGUUAUCUUACUUCUCAGAUUAUUACAUUUGAGGCUUUUUUAGAGACACUAAGAGGUCAAAACAUCAGGAAGAGUGCUGAUAGAAAGUUUUUUCAUUUUCAUACGGUUAAUCAGCUUUAUCUUCAGUGUCUGUACUGUUUCAGUUUUAUAAUUUAAAGUUACAUUAUAGUUUUGUCAGCAGAUUAUUGUUUGAGCUUUAUUAUUCAGAAAUAAAUAAAGUUAGAACAUAUUUAUAGGGCUGCAACUAAAAAUAAUUUUAAUUAUCUACUAAUCGUUUUGACAGUAAAAUGUUUAAUUUUCCAGAGCCCAGGGUGAUGUCUUUGUAUGUUUUGUUUUAGCCAACCAGCAGUCCAUAAAUCCCAAACUGUUCGUAUUAUUAUGUAUAACAAGGAAAAGCAGCAAAUUCUCACAUGUAAAAAGCAUGAAACCAACAAAUGUUAAAGAAAAAUAAAUAAAAAAGAUCUCAGUCAAGUCAUGGAAAUGUGAACAUCUCCAGUUCAACUACUUAACAGACUUUCAGUCUCAGAUCACUUACGUAUGGCUCCAAGUCUGUUCAGUCAAGUCAUGGAAAUGUGAACAUCUCCAGUUCAACUACUUAAUAGACUUUCAGUCUCUGAUCACUGACGUAUGGCUCCAAUAACAAACAGCUCAGACUGUUGGAAAUUGAAUAUAAUAAGCUGACUUGUCUGAUCGGUGCAUCCACGAUUUAUUAAUUUUCUGUCUAGUAUUAUUUUUGUAUUCUAACGCACAAGUUGUCCAUCCUUUAUGUGAUUAUCUGAUACGUUGGACAAUAAUAAUCUAUAAAAAAACUGAAACAUGAAAUUUCUAUAAUAUUCA